UCUUGCAAUAGUUACAUCAGAUAUUAUUUGUCCUUCCAGGAUACACUUAAAUUUAUAAAUAGGCAUUCUCUGGCAAGGAGAAAUUUGAAGAGCAAUGGCUCCCCCACACACCACCCCCCUCCUCGUGCUGACGAAGGAGCGCAUCGACACGCUGGUGUCCCAGCACAAGCAGGUGCUGGGGCGCGGCGCCUCGUGCACGGUAUAUCUGGUGGAGGUCGGCGGCGCCCAGUGCUGCCUAAAGGUGGCAAGGGAGCAGCGCCUCGCAGCCAUGUUCCGCAGGGAGUUUGACAUCCUGCUGGACCUGGACGGCGCGGCGGGCGCCCCCAAGGCCUUAGGCACCAGCUUUGGGUUCCCCGCCAUGCUCACCACCUUCUGCGGCCAGAACACCUUCUGCGACCUGCACAACCUUGCUGAUAGCGACACUGACAGACUAGAGGCUUUCGUGGCGCUGGCCCGGGACGUGCAGCAGCUCCACGCCUGCGGCUACACCCACAACGAUAUCAAGCCCGACAACGUCGUGGUGCACCAAGACGCCAAAGGCCGCCUGAAGGUGUCCCUCAUCGACUACGGCUUGGCCAAGAGAUUCGGCACAGGACUCCGCAUCGCUCGCACACACACGCACCGCACGCCCUGGAUGGCCCCGGAGCUGCUGCGCGGGGCGCCUUGCUCGCCCCCCGUGGACGUGUUCUCCCUCGGCUACGUCCUGAGGCGCGUCCUGGCCACGUGCCACACGCAAUACCCCGGCCUGGAGGUGCUGGCCGACAGAGCCAUGAGAGCCAACCCUGCACAGCGGCCCUCGGCGGCCCGCAUCAUCAAGACAGUCAAGGAGUACACGGGCCAGACGUCCAGGAAGGCGGCCUUUGUCCGGCGCGUUCGCAAGGCCUUCUCCUGCCUCUUCCCGCGCCGCCGCCAUUACUAAGGCGGCAGACAAGCCAGGAUUUCUUUUCCAAACGGUUGAAUAGUUUUACCAGUUCAGUUGUUCCUUGAGGAGCCAGUUACUCAACACCCAUCAAGGGGUUAAGGAAUACACUUCCAAGUUAAUUCAAUUAUUUUCUUUUCAAUUAUCU